UUGAUCUUAUCCUUAUCUCUUUUCCAUUGUCCGACAAAAGCUUCAGAAUUGCAAAUGGAGAUUCUUUCUCAACGACCAUCUUCUUUCUCAACUUUGAAUCCCAACGCUCCAUUGUUUGUUCCGUUAGCGUAUCGGACGGUGGAGGAUUUCUCUGAUGAGUGGUGGGCUCUCGUCCAAUCCUCCCCGUGUUUCCGCGACUACUGGCUUCAAGAACGUUUCCACGAUCCCCAAAACGACGACGCCGAUCUUCUUUUUCCCGACGAUCUUGAUGCCGUCUUUGACGAUUACGACGAAUUUUUCUUUGACCCUACCUGUGAAGGGAAGGAAGAAGAUACUCAAAAGGAAUUGGUACCCGUUGGAGCAUUCAAAUGGCGGAAGGGGCGAGCUGUGAGCGAGUCAACUAGGUUUCUUGAGAAAGCGCCCAAGAUCGUGAAUGUGAAAGUGAGUCCGAGGAAUAUUCACCAACCAAGGUAGAUCGAUUCCUGCUGAUUUGAAAUGGGAGGUCUCCUUAGAGCCGAAAACCGUCAGCUUUGGGUUUUAUCUGCUGCUACCUGUAACUUGUUUUUUUUUUUUCUUUUUCUUUUUUUGAAUUUGUAAAAUUAUUGUGUACAGAGUUUUAGGUCUGUAAUCUGUAACUUUGUUUCAGUAAUAAUAGAAUUACCUCCCAUAUCGCACA